AUGUCUGAUAUGACUACGUCAACUGCGAGCGUAACGACCACAACGGCUAGUGUAGGACGACGCAAGCGUUUUGCGGAGACGGUCGUCGUAACCGUUGUCAGCGACGAGCCCUACGACAACUCCAAAAACGUUUUCCAUCUGAAUCGUGCCAAUGACUUGUCCGAUAUUGCCAGCUCUCAAGGCAUCAAAUAUUCCAAGGAGGACGUGCUGCAGAAAAUCAAAAAUCAGGCGGGCAAUUUCGCCGUCGAGUACACAAUUAUGAGCGAUGUGGACUGUUAUGCGCUACGUAAUUUUAUCGUCAAUGCCAAAAAGCGGACCACACACUUCAGCUACGCUACGGUUGAAUGCGACGACGGCGAGUUUGUGAUAUGA